CAAGUCACCAACCACAACUGGAUAAUUACAGGUUUCGUCCACAGCCAGACGAAGAACCGCAUGUGGCGCAAGAACCGACAGCGACAGCGUGGUACGACCUGCGUCGGCCGCGAUCUCAACCGCAACUGGGACGUCCACUGGGACAGGAAGGGGGGCGCUGCGACCGGACCGUGCCGGAGCACGUACCGAGGGUCGAAACCGCUCGAUGCGCCCGAGACGCGCGCCCUCGCGGUAGAGCUGCAGGCGAUCAAGGAGAGCCAGGGCGUGCGUCUCUUCAUCGACUGGCACGCGUUCGGGCAGCUGGUCAUGUACCGUAGGUCGCAACGACCUCCCCCUUCGUCCUAACGCCGCACCCUCCUGUCUUGUUCCCUGCCUGAGCCAUCUUUUC